AUGAGCUCACCACUACGUCGCUAUGCAAGGCAUCUUGCUGGGAACAUCCGAAACCUCGUCUAUCGGUUAUAUCCCCAAGGAGUGACAUCGCCGCAGCUUUUGGACGUUCACGGAGCUCGACAGAACGAGGACGACUAUUGCAGGCCGACGGGGUUCUCGUCUCGCGAGCAGUUCGUCUGCCACAACGGUGGACGUUGUUACAGCACCAACGACGGACCAAAAUGUGAUUGUACUUUGAGCGAGUACGACGGGAAACACUGUGAAACAGGUAAGUUAUCAUUCCACUGCUUGAUCAGAGAAGCGGUUCCAAAAUUUGUUUAG